GCUCCUCCGGAUGAGGAAGGUGCUCUCGCUGCCACGCGUUCUGCGGGCUGCGGGCAGGGGCUUCUGGGAGUUGUAGUCACUGGGGGCAGGCGCCGUCGGGAUGGAAGCUUCCUGGCGCCAGGUGGCCGGUGGCCGAGGCCGUGCCCGCGGACGGGCCACUGCAGCCCCCUCCCCGGGCAAUGGAGCCCUUCUCCGCGGCGCAGUAACAGGGCGAGAGAAGAGGUCGGGGGCCUCCGACCUCUCUGGCCCCAGCCCCGGAGGAACCGAGACCCCCGCGGCUUCAGAGCUAAUGUCUCAGAGGAAAUUUGAGGAAAUCAAGAAGGCUAAUCAAGCUGCAGCCAGAAAACUUGUUGAAGAACAUUUUAGUUCUUCAUCUGAAGAGGAAGGAGAUGAAGACUUUGAAGGGAAACAGGGAAAAAUAGUUGCUAAUACAUUUAUAACAUACGCUACUCAGACAGAUGGAGAUACACGUGAAUUAGAGCGAACAAAACAGUAUGUAAAUGAAGCUUUUCAAGCGGGGGCUAUGACAUGCUUAAUUUGUAUUGCUUCAGUGAAGAGAAACCAAGCAGUUUGGAGCUGUAUGGGAUGUUUCUGUAUAUUUCACAUGCCCUGUAUCCAGAAGUGGGCUAAAGAUAGCCAGUUUCUUCUUUCUUCUCUGACGGAUGAUGAUUUUGGAACGAGAGAUUAUCCGUGGCCUUGUCCAAAGUGUAGGUUUGAAUACAAACGAUCAGAAACACCUAGUAGGUACUAUUGCUAUUGUGGAAAAGUAGAAGAUCCACCUUUAGAUCCAUGGCUUGUGCCUCACUCAUGUGGUCAAGUGUGUGAGAGAGAAUUUAAACCACCUUGUGGCCAUAAGUGUUUACUCCUCUGUCAUCCAGGUCCUUGCCCACCUUGUCCAAAAAUGGUCACAACCACUUGUUACUGUAAGAAAGCAAAACCUAUCCCUCGUAGAUGCAGUGCCAAGGAAUGGUCCUGCCAGCAGCCAUGUGGGCAAAAGUUGCUUUGUGGGCAACAUAAGUGUGAAAAUCCUUGUCAUGCAGGAAGUUGUAAACCCUGUCCAAGGGUUAGUAGACAAAAAUGUAUCUGUGGCAAAAAAGUAGCUGAAAGAAGCUGUGCAAGUCCAGUGUGGCACUGUGAUCAAGUAUGUGGAAAAACACUGCCAUGUGCUAAUCAUACUUGUGAGCAAGUUUGCCAUGUUGGUGCUUGUGGAGAAUGUCCUCGAUCUGGGAAAAGGUUCUGUCCAUGUCAAAAAUCAAAAUUUUCUUUGCCUUGUACAGAAGAUGUACCAACUUGUGGAGAUAGUUGUGACAAAGUACUGGAGUGUGGAAUCCAUAGAUGCUCACAGCGUUGUCACCGAGGUCCUUGUGAAACAUGUAGACAGGAGGUGGAAAAGCAUUGUCGCUGUGGAAAGCAUACAAAACGAAUGUCAUGUCAUAAACCUUAUCUGUGUGAAACUAAGUGUGUUAAGAUGCGUGACUGUCAGAAGCAUCAGUGCAGGAGAAAGUGCUGCCCUGGGAAUUGUCCACCUUGUGAUCAAAACUGUGGACGGACUUUAGGAUGCAGAAACCAUAAGUGUCCGUCUGUCUGCCACAGAGGCAGUUGCUAUCCAUGCCCAGAAACUAUAGAUGUGAAGUGCAAUUGUGGUAAUGCAAAGGUGACAGUGCCCUGUGGCCGAGAACGAACCACAAAACCACCCAAAUGCAGAGAGCUGUGCAGUCGACCACCAACAUGUCAUCAUACCAGUCAAGAAAAACAUCGCUGUCACUUUGGUCCUUGUCCACCAUGUCAUCAACCUUGCCAAAAAGUUUUGGAGAAAUGUGGUCACUCGUGUCCAGCUUCAUGUCAUGAUCAAGCAUUAAUAAAGCAGACUGGCCAGCAUCAACCUACAGGCCCUUGGGAGCAACCUUCUGAACCAGCGUUUAUUGAGACUGCAUUACCUUGUCCUCCAUGUCAAGUUCCUAUUCCUGUGGAAUGUCUUGGGAAGCAUGAGGUGAGUCCACUACCAUGCCAUGCUGUAGGGCCCUACUCCUGUAAGAGAGUUUGUGGAAGAAUCUUAGAUUGUCAGAAUCAUACAUGUUUGAAAGAAUGCCACAAAGUAACUGAAGUUGAUGGCUGCACUAGUAGAAACAAGGCCGGCCCAGAAUGCCUUCGUUGUGAAGAAGGGUGCUCUAAAUCACAGCCACUGGGAUGUCCUCAUCCAUGUGUUUUGCCAUGUCACCCUGGAGAAUGUCCUCCUUGUUUUCAGAUGCUUAGGAUAAAAUGUCACUGCAAGAUGACAAGCCUGUAUGUGGAAUGUAGAAAAAUAACCACAGCUGAUUUAAAUGAAAAGAACCUCCUCAGUUGUUGCAAAAAUCAGUGCCCUAAAGAGCUUCCUUGUGGUCAUAGAUGCAAAGAGAUGUGUCAUCCUGGUCAGUGUCCCUUUAAUUGCAACCAGAAAGUUAAACUUAGAUGUCCUUGUAAAAGAAUAAAAAAGGAAUUUCAAUGCAAUAAAGUACGCGAAAAUCAGGUUUCUAUAGAAUGUGACACAACAUGCAAGGAAAUGAAACGGAAAGCAUCCGAGAUAAAAGAAGCAGAAGCCAAAGCUGCUCUUGAAGAGGAAAGACGAAGACAACAGGCUGAACUGGAGGCUUUUGAAAACAGACUGAAGGGUCGUCGGAAGAAGAACAGAAAAAGAGAUGAAGUGGCAGUUGAGCUAUCAUUUUGGCAAAAAUACAAAUAUUAUUUUCUUUCAGUGUGUGGAGUUGCAGUGGUAGUGUUUGCAUGGUACAUCGCCCGUGUUAUGGAUUAAAUACAAUGUUUCAUCUUUUAAUAUACCUCAGAUUGAAUUUAGAUAAAUUGUUAAGUUUGUGAUAUUAGGCAAGGCAUAUUGUAGAAAAUAAUAUAUGUUCACAUUCAUCUCUAUAUUCUCCUCCAGUUGUUGAUAGGACAGAACGUUAGGCUUUAUCUUAAUUAGUAUGCUAGAAGGGGCAGUAUAACACUGUUUAAAGUAAAAGCAUGACUGAAAUUGUAAAGUAUUUCAUAUGUCAGAGUUACAUGUUUGUCAUUCAUUGUGCUUCUUUGUAGUAACUUAGUUGUUUCAUUUAAUAUUUCAAAUCAGUUUUUAUUUUUUAAAUUCAGAUGAAACUGACUGAGCCAUAUGUGCAGUAAAAGGGAUAUUUCUCAAUGUUUCAGUUACUUAGUACUUUUCUUGAUUAUGUAACUUUGUACAUUUUUAAAAAAGUGAUUCUUUAAAAAACCUCUUAAAAUGUAACAUGAAGCUUUAUUAGAUUUUAGAAGUUAGUGAGUGAGGAAUAAAUUUUAUAUAGUGUGUUCCUCAGAAAAGAUGUUUCCACAAAUGCCAGGCUAAGUUCCUCACAUAUGGCUGUUUCCUGUGCAAGUAGCUUUCAACUGAAGUUGACAUGUUUUGUAAAACUUGUGUGUAUCUUUUAAAGCUAAUAAAAGAAAAACUAAUAUUUAUGAGCAAUAUGUGCUGAGCACAGGGUUUAUGUAUGGAAUUCUCAUUUCUUUUUACCACAAUUUUAGGUAGAUGGUAGCUAGAAAUAAUUCUUAUGAAAACAAAUAACAGCCAAUUUUGUUGAAAUUGUAUGUCAUUUUAAGUAGUUUUGCUAUUUAAUUUUUGUAUGAUUAAUAUUUUCAUUAAAACUUUUCAUACCAAAUUUCUAAUGUAGAAUAUUUGUUAUUACUUAAAAGAUCUAGGAGCCUAUAAUUUUAGGUUAGACAUUAGUAUCAAUAUAUAAAAUUUUAGUCUGUACUUGAUGUGGAAUUCAGUAACUGAUGCUAAAAAGUAUCCAGCUGAAAAGUGGUAGAAGUGUAUUUUUAAUCAGGAAUUCAAAGGAAGAUUGUAAAAAAUUUUAGGUUUAUCUGGAAAAUUUUUAAUGUCAUUCUUUUUAAUCAAAUGUUGGCAUAUGUGCGGAAAGGGCAUUCAUUCAUUUAUUGGUUUAUGUUUUGAGGGUUUUUUUGUUUUUGUUUUAUACCUUUCUUAAUAGUGGAGUUACUGAGUUGGUAUGUUGGAAUCUCUAAAUCAGAUCCAUACACUCAAGAUAGGACCUGCUCUAACCAAAAUGAAUGUUAAAUAUGACCAAGGAUUUGUGUGUGAAUCCAUUUUCAUGUAUAUGAGAAUAUUGGCUGAUUAAACAAGCCUGAAGCCUAAUUUAUGUCAGUUGUUUGUUGUACUUUUGCUCAUGUUAAGUUUUUCUUUUUUCAUUUUUCCUCCUGCUUUAUGGGGAAGAAUUUAGUGAGCAGAGGAAGGAAAUUAAAUGAAUGAUAAAUUGAA